AUGGGCUAUCGUUACAUUUCAGAGUUGAUGCCUGAUGUUACUGACAGGUGGCAAGUCACUGUAAUGGUCUCACGUUCUUGGACAUCGUACAAUCCUAAAACAAAUCGCAUUUUGUCAUUUGAUCUCAUUCUUUCAGAUGAGCGUGAUUGUUCAAUUCAUGCAAGAAUUCCUUAUCAUCUGAUGCAUCUUUUUAGUAACCGUUUGGAUGAGGGUUGUGUAUAUCGGUUGCAUCGAUUUGUUGUUAAAGCAUAUAAUACGGGGUAUCGGCCAUUGAGACGGGAUUGCUAUGUUGAGUUUACAAGAAAUACAUCGAUUAGUCCUUCCAUGGUGCAGCCGUGUUCAUUUAGACGUUAUAUUUUUGAGCUGACUCCAUUCAAUGUCCUUAGAUCACGUGCUUACAACGACACAUAUCUAACAGAUGUGAUCGGUGUUCUCCGUGAGUGGGGUUAUGUUGACAAUGGGUUGGAAGAUGUGCAAUCAUGUAACCGGGAAGUACGACAAAUCGUUCUAUGUGAUGAAUUUGGCAAGGAUCUCACCGUCUCUUUAUGGGGCAAACUCGCACUUAAGUAUCGUGACGAGGAUAUGAGGCGUCAUGCCGCUAAUACAAUUGUCAUCGUUUUGACCUCUUGCAAGGUUAGAUUGUUUGAAGGUGCUCCAUGCUUGACGUCAACGGUCUCUUCUCAUUUAUAUAUUAAUCUGCCACUUCCAAUUUGUGACGUCUUCAAGAAUAUGUUGCCGGUGCCUGUUUUGUUCAAAUCAAACGUACAAAUGAAAAAAGACUUUCAUGUCAAUAGUGUUUUUGAUGUUUAUCGCUACUUACGUGAAGAGGAGGUUCCUGAGGGCACAAUGUAUAAUAUCGCUGCAACAAUAGUUGAUAUUGAUUUUACGGAUGACUGGAAGUAUAUUAGAUGUUCUACGUGUCGUAAGAAGACCCAAUUCGUUGAUGCUGCUUAUUAUUGUCCAGCAUGUAAAAAAGAUGUUGCCAACCCACGCCAGGCUUACAAAUUGGUUGUUCGUGUGCUUGAUAAUGGUGUUGAGAUGACAUGUGUUCUGUUCGACGAUGUUGCUGUAGCUCUUCUUGACAUAACCGCAGAAGAGUUGGUUGUUAGGAGUUUAUCAGAGGGUGUUGAUGAUCCUUUUUGGGCUCAGUAUUAUUUGCUUGACACUUUAUGUGCGAGAAGUGUCAUUUUUAGGAUUAAGGUCGAUAGAUAUAAUGUGCCACCUCAUUGUUCUCAACGCUUUACAGCGUCAAAAUACAUUGGAGAGAAUGUGACAUCGGUAGCUGAAGAUAAUAUUACAUCUACUAUUGGUACAAGUACACAUCCUACAGAAGAGACUACCGAAGAUAUUGAAGCUGACGACGCUGCGUUUAUAUCAAGGAUCACAACUGAUGAGUGGGAAAUGGCAGAGGAAGCGUUAUGGGGACCACGGGUUUCAUCAGUUUCAACUAUUACGACGAUAUCAUCGGCUAUUGUGUCUACCGACGAUGAACUAAAUUCUGCUACCUCUACGCGCGAUGUGAAUACUGAUGAUGCCAGCAUUCCCACCACAUCGACUAAUGAACGUGUCGCAGCUGACUCCCAUGAGAGACUAAGGCCUAGGAAAUCACUUCGGAAGCCAAAAAAAUUUACUUCGUAG